AAGGCAAUAUUCCCAUUUUAAAGUAAAAAGUAGGCUACAUUUGUUUGGAUGAAAUGGCCAUAAAUACUUUGCAACAUAACUAUAAUUUUCCAUAAUGAGAGUAUCUAUUUCAGUGCAUCUGUCUAAAAUAUACGGGAGUACUAGUGUUAUGUAACAACGGACCGUGACGUCCAUUGAAUCCAGGUAAAGCACACACACAACAUAGGCGACUAUAAGACCCAGUGGAAGCCGCGAGCACCGCGACAUGACAACCGCUAAACACUGACGGUACACAUUCACGUCCACUCAGUCGCACCUCAGGAACACACAUUACUGAUCCCUUGACGGUGAAGUGAAGCGCCAGAGAUGCUGAAAGUGACUGUGGCCGCCUCUCGCGCCGCUCCAGAAUACUGGAUCGACGGAUCCAAGAAAGAGACGCUGGCCGACUUCUAUGAGCUCGAGUCUGAACUGGGACGGGGAGCCACAUCAGUGGUGUUCAGAUGCCACCAGAAAGGCACCCAGAAGCACUAUGCUGUGAAGAUGCUGAAGAAAACAGUUGACAAGAAGAUUGUACGAACGGAGAUAGGUGUAUUACUGCGCCUCUCUCAUCCAAAUAUAAUCAAACUGAAGGAGAUCUUCGAGACCCCAGCGGAGAUUAGCCUCGUGUUAGAACUUGUUACCGGCGGAGAAUUAUUUGACAGGGUGGUAGAGAAAGGCUAUUACAGCGAACGAGACGCGGCUGAUGCUGUUAAACAAGUGCUUGAGGCAGUUGCGUACCUGCAUGAGAAUGGCAUAGUGCACAGAGACCUGAAACCUGAGAACCUCCUGUACGCCACCUCAGCGCCAGAUGCUCCGCUCAAAAUAGCUGAUUUUGGUUUGUCAAAAAUAAUGGAUGAUCAGGUAACAAUGAAGACCGUGUGCGGGACUCCAGGCUAUUGUGCUCCUGAGAUUUUGCAGGGAUGUGCCUAUGGCCCUGAGGUUGACAUGUGGUCUGUGGGAGUUAUCACGUACAUUUUGUUAUGUGGUUUUGAGCCCUUUUUUGAUGACAGAGGAGACCAGUACAUGUUUAAACGCAUCUUAAACUGUGAAUAUGAAUUUGUCUCCCCCUGGUGGGAUAAUGUGUCACUUAAUGCCAAGGACCUGGUGAAGAAACUUAUUGUCCAGGAUCCAAAGAAACGGCUGACAACACAGCAGGCCCUGCAGCACCCCUGGGUCACUGGAAAGGCUGUUAACUUCACUCAUAUGGACACAGCACAGAAGAAACUCCAGGAGUUCAAUGCUCGAAGAAAGCUUAAGGCGGCGGUUAAAGCGGUGGUGGCCUCAACCCGACUGGGCAGUGCAGGAAGCCACGGCAACACAGACAACAACAAAACCGACUGCAGCCACUCCAUCCAGCAGAAGACAGCAGAAGCUCAGCCGGACUCUGAACAGCCUCAAAUUCAGACUGAAGCCUCUUAGACUUCCACACUGGAACUGGAAUUAGAACUGGAACUACUUCCAUGUUUGCCGUGGGCCUCAUAAAGGACUGAACUGAAGUCUGCAUGCAGACUGUUUGUCUAUAGAAAAGUCCCACCUUGUGACAGCCAACUGCCAUACCAUGCCAACGUUUGAUGAGUAGCCUACUUAACUUUGGACUUUUGUACAGUGAAAGAGCAUGUUCAUCCAUUGUGGGUGGCAAUGAAAAAAAUGAAUGUCUUCAUAUUAUGUGAUCAUCUACAUCUACAGUGGCGUCAAAAAGUCUGAGGCAUCUAAACCUGGUUAUAAACAACAUUUUAUUAUUUUGAAAAUGUAAAAAAAAAAAGUUAUAGAACAUCCUCAAAUCAUGCAAAUCACAAUCCACAAAUCAAAUACUAAGAAGUUCUGAAAUUAUUGUAAAAUGUUUUCAAUUAACUCAAUCAAAUUGUCAUUAUUUUAAUUUAUAAAGAUUAUUUUAUAUACUAUAGUAUAGUAUAUUAAAUUAGAAAAUGCCAAAUAGAACAAUAGAACUAGUGUUCUCAGACUUUUGGAACCCAUCUGCUUUUUAAAAUCUAUAUUUAUUUUAUCAUGCUCUUGAUUAAAUCGUCAAUUUAUCAUUAAGGUGAAAUACUCUAUGGAUAUAAGCUCUUUAGUUGUAAGAAUUACAUUUGUGCUGCUUUUUAUUUAAAUUAUUUAAUUUGUUCAGGUUUUUAUGUCAUAUUUACAGUUAAACAAACAGAAUUUCCAUGUGGACAUUGAUUUGAACCUUUACAUGAGCUUUAACUUAGAAUGCCUUACCAUAUACCAUGUUUUUAUACUUAAAUUAUUAUUAAUACAAUAAUUAUUUCAUAUUUUAGGAACACUAUUAUACAAUGUGGUUUAAACUUAGAAAACAACACUGGGGUACUUAGGACAUAUUGUUUAAAUCGAGAAAUGGUGAUUUCCACUUUACUUUAGUCUAAAUCAGUGUUCGGCAUGGGAUAACUAGCCUAUCUAGCGCAAAAACUUGCAAAGAAAUAACUUCCCUUGUGCCAAAAUAAUUUUGUCUCAAUAUAUUUCACUUGGAGUUUCCCCCUAAAGCUGAAGUAUGUUACAUUUUUGGUGUUAAAAAACUUUCUUCAAUCUCAAUUGAAUAUACUAUAAGUAAGCCAUUUAUAGGUUAAUUGAACUGUAAACACUGUCUCACUGUGAAGCUAUAAAAAAAUCCUGUUUGUUUUGAGCGACCCGAUUAGACACACCCCCAGGAACGUUACUCAACCAAUGGCGUGAGAUGGGGGUGAGACUAUCUGACUGUUUGAACUACAGCAGACGAUGGGUGUAUUCUCAAAGCUGUUUUGAAAACAUUUAAUUUUGCAAUUACGUUCAGUGGCAAUUAUGUUGCAGAAAUUACACACUUCAGCUUUAAAAUAUUAAACAGCUAUCAGGUAAUCUAAAUGACUUAAAAACUGGCAAAAACUCAUCUCAAAAGUCUUUUCCAACCAACCAGUCUGUGAUUUAAAACACAUAUACACAAGGUGUUUUGGUCCUAUUCAAUAUUCUUUAUAGCAUGCUUGUUUGGAAUGCUGUUUGAUAAUUUAAUCAUCAUAUGUAAGGAAUGUAAUAUGGAUAUACAGGGGUUCAUGUUUUGCAUGUAGGAAUGUUUAUCUUAACUGCUGCAACUGUCUUUUUAAAAUGCACUGUAUUUUACUGAUAAGAAUUGCUGUCUAUUUAACAGAAUGAUAUUGGAGGCCAUUUGACGGUCACUUUGUACAUGACACUAGUGUGUCAACUUUGUUUAAAUGCCUGUUUCUAUGUCUAAGGACUCAUUCAAAAUGACAGUACAAAAGCAAUGUAUGUUAUUUGCGGAAAUAAAGAAUGCU